GGUGCAGCUGCAGAGGAAGAUGAUGUGAAGUCCCAGCUUGAGAAGUUGUGGCAAGAGGUGAAUUCAUUGAAAGAGAUGCAAGCGUUGCAAACAGUCUGUCUCCGUGGCAUCAAAGCUCACAGGAAGUGUUAUCUUAUAAUUGAGGAGCCCAGACAUUACCAUGAAGCAAAUGAGGACUGCAUCGCACAAGGGGGAACUCUUGCAACACCACGAGACAUGACGGAAAACGAUGAACUGAGAGACUAUGCAAAGAGGAGUGCUCCAGGAUCCAAGGACUUCUGGAUUGGUGUGGCAGACAUAGUGAAAGAAGGCCUGUAUGUCGAUGUCAACAGUCUGCCAGUCAGCUACUUCAACUGGGACCGCUCCAAGAAGCAGCCCACAGGAACGAAGAGGGAGAGUUGUGUUGCUCUUUCAGUGGCCACACGAGGAAAGUGGUAUGAUGAGGUGUGUCGCAGCCUGAAAAAGUACAUCUGUGAAUAUGUCAUUCCUUAAG